AUGAAAAAGCUCAACAACAGCAGCAACAUGACCAACCUAUUUGAUUUCUUCACCGAUGAGAUCAUCCACACCAUCCUCGACCAUCUAAACGACGACCCAUUUGCCAAAAAGUCCUUCUCUUUGGUCUGCAAGUCCUUCUACUUCAUCGAGCGUCUUCACCGCAAAUCCCUCAAGCCCCUUCGCUCUGAGCUCCUAUGUAGAACCCUCCAUCGCUACCCUUCAAUUUCUCACCUCGACCUAUCUCUCUGUCCACGUGUCGACGAUCCAUCACUCACCUCACUCUCUGUUUCAUGGAAAUCGACGCUCCGUUCGAUCAAUCUCUCGCGCUCCAGAGACUUUACCAGCAUUGGGUUGCUGCGAUUGGCUACCAACUGCUCUUCUCUGGUCGAGAUUGACUUGUCCAACGGCACUGAGUUGACUGACUCGGCGGCCAAAGCGAUCGCAGAGGCUAAGAACUUGGAGAGGCUGAUUUUGGCGAGGUGUAAAUUGAUUACGGAUAUUGGGAUUGGGUGUGUGGCUGUUGGGUGUAAGAAGCUGAGAUUGCUUUGCUUGAGGUGGUGCUUACGUGUCACUGAUUUGGGUGUUGGGUUGAUCGCUAUGAAAUGCAAGGACCUUCGGAGUUUGGAUCUCUCUUGUUUGCCGAUCACAGAAAAAUGUCUCCCACAUAUCCUGCAAUUACAACAUCUUGAAGAUUUAAUUCUUGAAGGAUGCCUUGGAAUUGAUGAUGAAGGCCUUGUGACCCUUAAGCAUAGUUGCAAGUCCCUCAAGAUGCUUAAUUUGUCAAAAUGUCAGAAUGUUAGCCAUGUGGGUUUGUCUUCUCUGACAAAUGGUGCUGAACACCUGAAGCAGCUUGUCUUAGCAUAUGGUCCUUCAGUCACCACUGACCUAGGAAAAUGCCUACUUAAUUAUUUGAGGUUGAAAUCGAUUAGCUUAGAUGGCUGUUUAGUUACAUGUUCUGGGACAAAAGCCAUUGGAAGUUGGUGUGCCUCACUGAGAGAGCUGAGCUUAAGUAAGUGCUUGGGAGUUACAGAUGAGUGUGUCUCCUUCCUUGUGCAAGCCCAUAGAGAGUUGCAGAAAUUAGACAUCACCUGCUGUCGCAAAAUAACUUCUGCCUCUAUAGAUUGCAUAACAAAAUCAUGCACCUUCCUCACUUCCCUCAGGAUGGAAUCGUGUAGCCUGGUUUCUGAAGAUGCUUUUCUGUUGAUUGGACAGCGUUGCCAAUUCUUGGAGGAAUUGGAUGUCACAGAUAACGAAAUCAACAAUGAAGGCUUAAAGUCUAUCUCAAGAUGUUCCAAACUUUGUAGUCUAAAACUGGGGAUUUGCUUGAACAUUACUGAUGAUGGACUUACCCACAUUGGAAGUGGCUGUCCAAAGCUUAAGGAGCUUGAUUUGUACAGGUGCUUGGGAAUAACUGAUGUGGGCAUUGCGAAAAUUGCUUGCGGAUGUCCUACUAUGGAGAUGAUUAACAUUGCUUAUAAUGAUAAAAUUACAGAUUCUUCAUUAAUAUCAUUGUCACAGUGUUUGAGGUUAAAGAUACUUGAAAUUAGAGGAUGUCCUAGUGUCUCAACAGUGGGUCUUUCAGCUAUUGCUGGGUCAUGUAGGCAACUUGAAGUUCUGGACAUAAAAAAGUGCUUCAACAUCAAUGAUAAUGGAAUGCUUGCACUUGGUCAAUCUUGCCAAAACCUCAGACAGAUAAACUUGUCAUAUUGUUCAGUUACGGAUGUUGGGCUCUUAUCUCUUGCCAGUACCAACCGCCUGCAGAACAUGACUAUUUUGCAUUUGACGGGAUUGACCCCAAACGGCCUUGCAGCUGCCCUAUUGGCAUGUGGAGGCCUAACAAAAGUCAAGCUUCACACAUCCUUGAAACCAUUGCUUCCAAAAUAUAUCUUUGGGUACAUGGAAGGCCGUGGUUGUGUGUUUCAUUGGAGAGACAAAGCAUUCCAGGAGAAAAUAGAUCCAAACGGGUGGCAACUGCAUGCUGGAAGGUCUCCUGAAGCUGCAUAG